AUGUCUUCCAUAUCAGAUCAUGCGCAAGAGCACGCAGAACAGCAGCUUGUACAAACCAUUCUAGAGCGCAAGCAUGCCCUGUCUAGACUAAAACCCGAAACCCCGCACUCAGAGGUACUGAGUUGCCACCAUGACUGGGCGGAUAAGUUACAUGCGGCCAUUCUCAACUACAUGCGCGACGCCAACACGGCUCUCAUAGCACGCAUCCUCAAACUACCGCGCGAACUCCGAGACGCAAUCUACAUGUACCUCUGGGACUUUGAACCGGAUAACGAUCCCAACGCCGCGCUUCUGGAGCAUUGGGGUGCCUUUGACGAUGCGUGGUUCUACAAGAGCGAAGACGUGAGCAACUCGCCCUGGCUCGACUCACCUAAAACGAUCGAGAGGCCACCGUACUUUGUUGACAAGGCCUUUAUGGGACCGGUAGCAGCCCGAGAAAUCCUCGAGUGUUUCAGGGAUGUUGUCGGCAGGGAUCAGCGGCCAGAUGACUCAGGUAAUCUUCCUGACGAUCAAUGUACAAUUAACGAUUUAUCCAUACUGGAUUUCGUCACGAAAGACGUGUUUGGUGUUGGCAUGACAAUGGAAGAGCUGACGCGCAAUUUGAACAUCAGCAUCCAGUUCAACGCCGACUACAUGUUCGAGCCAGAGUCACUGGAAGAGAUGCAGAACAGCAUGGCGUCCACUAGGGGUUCGAAUAUUGGCAAGCGAUCGGAGUUUUAUGCUAAGCUCAAUGGCUAUGCCACGGCAUUUAUCGGUAUUCCGGCUACAAACCGCAUUAUUACUGCUGAUGAGAUUACCUCGGAUCUCUAUGUUGGACCCAGGCUCGUUACUUUGGAAAUAUUCGACGAGAGUGAUUGUUCUGACAGUGCUCUCCCCGAUAUAUCAUCACUCGUCGUACGCAUGUACAAAGGGCUGAGGGCAAACGGCUUUGAAGUCAACAUACGGUGCUUAUGUGACUUCAUUCAGUUGAACGUGCAGUUUGAAGACGACGUGUGGGGGUGGACAGAUGCGGAUUGGGAGAAUAAGCUACCGGGGAAGGGUUGGUUUGCAGAUUAUUUGGAGGACUCGGUAAUUGAAACUCGAACACGUGUCUGGUUACAGCUGCGAGAAUACUUGUUCGGGAAUAACUAG